CUUUUCUAUUUUAGUUUCCCGGGUCACGUGAUCCUCCCAGCCAGUGAGAGCGCUGCCGAAGUAAUGGCAACAACCUUCUGGGAUAAAUGUGGACUGCCAGCUGCCGAUCUCGCUGUUGACAGUAAAAGCAGAUAUGUUCCUUGCUCACUGCCAUUAGCAAUGACCAUGACCCUUCACACCAAAACCUCUGGAGUUACCCUGCUGCACCAGAUUCAAGGCACUGAACUGGAGACACUGAGCAGACCUCAGCUGAAGAUUCCCCUGGAAAGAUCGCUCAGCGACAUGUAUGUGGAGAGCAACAAGACAGGAGUUUUUAACUACCCAGAAGGGGCCACUUACGAUUUUGGUACUACCGCUCCAGUGUAUGGCUCUACUACUCUCAGUUAUGCCCCUACUUCAGAAUCUUUUGGGUCCAGCAGUCUGGCAGGAUUUCACUCACUGAACAAUGUCCCACCAAGCCCUGUGGUGUUCUUGCAAACGGCGCCCCAGCUCUCACCCUUCAUCCAUCAUCACAGCCAGCAGGUACCCUACUACCUUGAAAAUGAACAGGGCAGCUUCGGGAUGAGGGAAGCUGGUCCUCCAGCCUUCUACAGGCCAAGCUCUGAUAGCAGGCGUCACAGCAUCCGAGAGAGGAUGUCCAGUACUAAUGAGAAAGGAAGCCUAUCCAUGGAGUCCACCAAGGAGACCCGGUACUGUGCUGUGUGCAACGACUAUGCUUCAGGCUACCAUUAUGGGGUCUGGUCUUGUGAGGGCUGCAAAGCUUUUUUCAAAAGGAGUAUUCAAGGGCACAAUGACUACAUGUGUCCUGCUACUAACCAGUGCACCAUUGACAAGAACAGAAGAAAGAGUUGCCAAGCCUGCCGACUAAGAAAAUGCUAUGAAGUGGGAAUGAUGAAAGGUGGAAUCCGGAAAGACCGCAGAGGUGGGCGAAUGAUGAAACAGAAACGGCAAAGAGAGGAACAAGAUUCCCGGAACGGGGAGGCUUCGUCUACAGAGCUGCGAGCUCCCACCCUUUGGACAAGUCCACUAGUGGUUAAACAUAACAAGAAGAACAGUCCAGCCCUGUCCUUGACAGCAGAACAGAUGGUCAGUGCCUUGCUGGAAGCUGAGCCACCCAUAGUUUAUUCUGAAUAUGACCCAAAUAGACCAUUCAACGAAGCAUCUAUGAUGACCCUGUUGACCAACCUGGCAGACAGAGAAUUAGUGCACAUGAUCAACUGGGCAAAGAGAGUUCCAGGAUUUGUGGAUUUAACACUCCAUGAUCAGGUCCAUCUACUGGAAUGUGCCUGGUUAGAGAUACUGAUGAUUGGCUUAGUCUGGCGCUCCAUGGAACACCCAGGAAAGCUUUUAUUUGCACCUAACCUAUUACUGGACAGGAAUCAAGGGAAAUGUGUAGAGGGCAUGGUGGAAAUCUUUGACAUGCUGCUGGCUACUGCUGCUCGGUUUCGCAUGAUGAACCUUCAAGGGGAGGAAUUUGUGUGCCUUAAGUCCAUCAUCCUGCUCAAUUCUGGUGUGUACACUUUUCUUUCCAGCACCUUGAAAUCCCUGGAAGAGAGAGACUAUAUCCACCGUGUUUUGGACAAAAUCACGGAUACUCUGAUACAUUUAAUGGCUAAGUCAGGUCUUUCCCUGCAGCAGCAGCACCGGCGUCUGGCUCAGCUUCUCCUCAUUCUCUCUCACAUCAGGCAUAUGAGCAACAAAGGAAUGGAGCACCUGUACAAUAUGAAGUGCAAAAACAUAGUUCCACUCUACGAUCUCUUGCUGGAGAUGCUGGACGCUCACCGCCUGCAUGCCCCAACAGCCAGGAGUGCUGCACCGAUGGAAGAGGAGAACCGGAGCCAGCUGACGACUGCAUCAGCUUCUUCUCAUUCCUUGCAGUCUUUUUACAUAAACAGCAAAGAAGAGGAAUAUGCAGAAUACAAUAUAAACAAAAGUCAGCAUAUAUAAUGGUAUGAGAAACCCAGCAGCGUACUACCUAGCUCAUGCUUCAUUUCAUCUGCAGUGCCACCUAUGUAAACACUCCAAUGACAUCAGUAACCUGUAUUUUCCAUUUGAGUGUUUGUCAAGUGCUUGCCUAAAUUGAUUGCUUAUUUUAAUUGAAAGAUGUUUAAUUGCUAUGGACAGCCAGCAAGGAUUGGCAGGCUAAUUUAAUCUGAAUUUGCAGUGUUUUAAUUUAUUUUUGCAUGCAAGUUGGGUAAGUCCUAAUAUAAACUUAAACAUUCAUUUUACCAUAAAUUAAUAGGCCAUACUAGCCAUGCAUAUUGGUAUCUUCCUGAGUGGGAGCCUUUGUUGAUAUUCACCCCAAAUUCUGAGCCCAUUUAAUCCUUGAAUUGCUUGAAACUUUGAAGAAGUUUGGUAGAUUCUGAAUGAGUAUUAGUGAGGGAUAACGGAAAGUUGAUUGGCAUCUUAGUGUGUCACAGUGAAGCUGUACUGCUAGUGUCUGCCUUGGUAGUCUAGGUAGAUUCCUGCCUCUUUUCUUCCUACAGUGGAAAGUAUCCCCUUUCUUAAAAUUUCUGUUUUGCCUUACUGGCUUACAUCAGCAGAUAGCUCCCUUUCAAGAUCAUACUGACCAAACUUUUAGGUCCUCUUAUCAUAUCUUCUAGCCAAAUUGCAUUGUGUGUAUCCUAUCUUAUAAUAUAAAGCUAAUUUUUUCUGUUGCUCAGCAGUGUUUAAAACAAGGGCAAAAUGGCAAGCAAUGAUACUGUAGAUAAUUGCUCUUGAGUCAGACCACAUAAGUACAAAAAAAAUCAUCAUGCCAGAAAAGAACCACCA